AUGACAAGCAGAGCAGGCGGACUGUACGGAGGCAUCCAGUUCUCCUCGAACAAGGCCUUUGCUUCCUCUGCUGCCCCUCAGGAUACUCCUCCUACUUUCCCUGUGAGUCAAACUUCAGAGAACAACCAGACGCCACCAGCACCUGCGGCCAGCGACCAACCGCCCUCAACAUCCGCUUCGCAUAACGCGUCAGCUAGCACCAGCGAUGCAGGUGCUUCGAUGAAGGCCACAGCCGGAUGGUCCGCCAGUCUUGCAUUUGCGCCCGUUCGCCGAAAUCCAGCACAGAAGCCAAAAGCGCCUGCGGUGCGUCUCCCGGCUGGUGCAGCGGUCACCAUCGCACAAGCAUCAACUACUUCGUCAAGCGCAGUCAUCUCAAGCACUGCUGUGGUUUUCGCCCCACCAGCUCUUACGGAACCCCCCAAAUCCGCAGAAACCGAGUUCCAGGCGCAGGAACAAUCUCAAGGUCAGGGAUGGGGCAAGAAGGUCAAGCCGCCUUCGAUGGUCCUAGACGAAGACGUGAAUGGGUUCAAGGCACGACGAGGCGACCGACGAGGCGGCGGAGGUGGUAAGAAGAAGGGCAAAAAGAAAAAGAAUGCUCCUGUCAUUGCCGUCUGGGACCCUGAUGAGUCGUACGAUCCAAUGCGCCCGAACGAUUACAACGAGUACAAGAAUUAUAAACUGAGAGAUCGCGAAGAACGUCGGGAACAGAUGAUGGCCGAACGCCGGCGCGUUGAGGAGCGCAAAAGGUAUCGACGCAGCAGCAGCUAUUCCGACGACUAUGGCAGUGGCUCGGAAGACGAGCGUCCUCGCAAGACAGGGCGUUACGAUGAUCGUGAAGACGAUGACUAUGAUCACAUCCGGGGGCUUGGAGCCGCUCCUACGAGCGCCCCGCCUGCUGCGGUGGAUCCGGGUCUCACAGGUGACGAAGCAUACCAACGUAGGCUGGCAAUGUCCGCUGCUUUUCGUUCGGCAGUGUCCCCUGUCCCUGCCACUGUUCCAGAACCGGUACCCACGGCCAUAGCCUCCUAUACUAACCAGCCAGACUCAUUACCCGAUUCGUUCCCUGGCUUUCAUACUUCUGCGCCACCGCCUCUGGUGACAGAAGACGAUGGUGAUAAUGAUAUUCCUGGCUUGGGUGGAUCAGGCGCCAGCCCCGCAGCCCAGCCUCCCUUGGCCCUUGGCCCGGACGAAAUAGGCGAAGAAGCCUACUUGCGACGUCUCGUCUUGUCUCGGUCGCGUCCGCCCCUCCCGCCUGUUCCUUAUGUCCCAGAGCCGCCAACACUGGCAUACAACCCCUUCGCGCCCCCAACUUCAGUCCCUCCCCCUCCCGCACCUCUUCCUAUAGGCUCGUCUACGCUCUCAGAGGAGAAAGUACGCAGUAGCAGGGAGGCAGCUGCGGCCAUUGCGGCAAAACUGAAGGCACUUGCGCCGCCUGCUGGGACUGCUGAGCCAUCAGGAGUAUCAGUUGCUACCCCCACAAAGGAGGAAGUCGCGCACGAGAAACGAUCGGACCCUCAAGGUUUUGCUGCGAGGUUAAUGGCUAAGUGGGGUCAUAAAGAAGGGCAGGGGCUCGGCGCAGAUGGCGGCGGAAUUGUACACGCCUUGACCGUCGAGCAAGUUGCCGGAGGCAAAGGGAAGGGCAAAGGAAAGGAGAGCCAGGGCAAAGCGCCCGGCCCCGGCGCAAAGAUGGGCAAGAUCGUCAACCUGAAUGAGGAUGCGAAGACAAGGGAGGACAGAGAGCGAUUCGGCGAACCCAGCCGCGUAGUGGUGCUUACCAAUAUGGUUGGGCCGGAAGACGUCGGGGAUGAGGACCUCAGGGGAGAGAUUGGCGACGAAUGUUCGAAGAACGGUACAGUUGAGCGCGUCAUUGUGCAUCCAGUGUACCCGCCACCAGAGACUCCAGACGAUGCCGUCCGGAUAUACGUGCUUUUUGCCGGUCCUGUGGGCGCGUGGAAGACGGUCCGGGAGCUGGAUGGUCGCUACUUCGGUGGCAGGAGCGUGCGGGCGCGAUACUUCCCCGAGGAACAGUUCCAUCGUUUCGCAUUUGAUGCUCCCCUAUGA